GCUGUGGGUGGGACGCACAGCCUCGGGGGGCGGCCGGGGCGGAACCCGCGUGCGCUGUGCCCUGUGGCUCAGCUUGGGGCAGUGGACUCUCCCGACCCUCCCGCCGCCGAGGGCCUCCCACGCUCGGCAUUCUCGUAGUCUGGCGGCCCCGCGGCUUCUUCCUAACCGCCUUGGACUGAGUCCCCCUCAGAUUGGGACCCCCCUGUCGCCCUCUGAGGAGGAGUAGACACUUGCCUCUGUAUUUCCCUAAAACAGGGGUUUUUCUCUGCCGAUUCCUCACCCACACUGACGGUGGAGAGUUAGGUGGAGAGUUACACCGUCCCGUUUUGCCUUCUUUUCCCGACUCUAGAACCUCUGACCUCCGAUAGUUACUACUGGUCCCUGCCUCUAGCCCUGUCCCCGCUCACAAGGGAGACAUCCCACAACCCCAUACAGCCUGGGCCUGGGCUUGGGUCGGCGCCUGCGGGCCCCUUUUUGAUCACUUCACCUCUCUGAUACCCCUCACCCUCUGUCCUUUUACCCUCCCGCUUAUCGCCCCUUGGAGUCUCCGCCUAACCAGGGGCCAUGGAUACCCCCUACCCCGCGAUGUGAGCCCCUUUAACCUGUAAUGCUGUGGCUGGCCUUUGGCCCCUUCCAUGCCAUGGAGAACCAGGUGCUGGUGAUUCGCAUCAAGAUUCCAAAUAGGGGCGCGGUGGACUGGACAGUGAACUCCGGGCCGCAGUUACUCUUCAGGGAUGUGCUGGAUGUGAUAGGCCAGGUUCUGCCUGAAGCAACAACCACAGCAUUUGAAUAUGAAGAUGAAGAUGGUGAUCGAAUUACAGUGAGAAGUGAUGAAGAAAUGAAGGCAAUGCUGUCAUAUUAUUAUUCCACAGUAAUGGAACAGCAAGUAAAUGGACAGUUAAUAGAGCCUCUGCAGAUAUUUCCAAGAGCCUGCAAGCCUCCUGGGGAACGGAACAUACAUGGCCUGAAGGUGAAUACCCGGGCUGGACCCUCUCAACACAGCAGCCCAGCAGUCUCAGAUGCACUUCCAAGCAACAGCUUAAAGAAGUCUUCUGCUGAACUGAAAAAAAUAUUAGCCAACGGCCAGAUGAAUGAACAAGACAUACGAUAUCGAGACACUCUUGGUCAUGGCAACGGAGGCACUGUCUACAAAGCAUAUCAUGUCCCAAGUGGGAAAAUACUAGCUGUAAAGGUCAUACUACUAGAUAUUACACUGGAACUGCAAAAGCAAAUUAUGUCUGAAUUGGAAAUUCUUUAUAAGUGUGAUUCUUCAUAUAUCAUAGGAUUUUAUGGUGCAUUUUUUGUAGAAAACAGAAUUUCAAUCUGUACAGAAUUCAUGGAUGGGGGGUCUUUGGAUGUGUACAGAAAAAUUCCAGAGCACGUCCUCGGAAGGAUUGCGGUAGCUGUUGUUAAAGGCCUUACCUACUUGUGGAGCUUGAAGAUUUUACAUAGAGAUGUGAAGCCCUCCAAUAUGCUGGUUAACACAAGAGGACAGGUCAAGCUGUGUGAUUUCGGAGUUAGCACUCAGCUGGUGAAUUCUAUAGCCAAGACGUAUGUUGGAACAAAUGCUUAUAUGGCACCUGAAAGAAUUUCAGGGGAGCAGUAUGGAAUCCAUUCUGAUGUAUGGAGCUUAGGAAUCUCUUUCAUGGAGCUUGCUCUUGGGAGGUUUCCAUAUCCUCAGAUUCAGAAAAACCAGGGAUCUUUAAUGCCUCUCCAGCUUCUGCAGUGCAUUGUUGAUGAGGAUUCGCCCGUCCUUCCGGUUGGAGAGUUCUCCGAGCCAUUUGUACAUUUCAUCACUCAGUGUAUGCGAAAACAGCCAAAAGAAAGGCCAGCACCUGAGGAAUUGAUGGGCCACCCGUUCAUCGUGCAGUUCAACGAUGGGAAUGCCGCCGUGGUGUCCAUGUGGGUGUGCAGGGCGCUGGAGGAGAGGCGGAGCCAGCAAGGGCCCCCCUGAGGCCUCAGUGGGGCGCUCAAAGCCAGGACUGGUCACCGAGGGGAAAGCUCCCCCGUCACACCCCCUUCCGUCUGCAGCAGAACAGCUUUGCUGGGCCCGAGCCUCCUUGCUCUCACCCUCGGCUGUGCUGGCAGACGCCCUUGCCUAGGGAGCUGUCCGGGGUGGCCAUCCCUGGCCAAGGGGAGCCUUCGCUUCUCCAGUCAGGAGGCACUGACUGCAGGGAGGGUGGAGGGUUUGAGGCAUCGAGAACAGAGGGCUCCUCUGCCUCCUCUUCCUUCUUGCUAACACUUUUUUGUAAAGGGUCAGGCACCAUCAGCAUCGCUGAUGGGAAUAAAAGUAUUACCGCUUUGUGACUGCCUCCCUGUGAGGGAUGUA